CACGCGAUGUAAACAAAAGGAGGGAUAGGCUGGUCGUCGUCUUCCUGCUUGUCAUUCAUCCAAAUGCUCAGAAUUUAUUACUAGGACAGAAAUUUCAAAAGCAUGUCCAAGAAAAUAGAGGACAGUGAACUGCAAACGCUUACCUUAUCGCCGACCAACACAAAUGAUGAUGAGUGUUCGCCCUUUGUCAACCUCGCUAGUGAUGAGACCUCCUUCCCCAUCAGCCCACCUCAGUCAUACUCAACAGUGGCAAACAUGUCCUAUCACGAGGUACCGCUGCAGGCAGACGGGACAACGUCAUCAACCGUUACCAAAGAUGAGAAGAGGAAAGUGGAGAGGCUGAUAAGUGCCCCGGUGAACAGUGUCAAGGUCGCGCCCAAUCUGCGGCCAAAAGUGUCGACGCCACCGGGGUCAACCAGGAUAACCUAUUCCAAUGAGCGUUCUAAUGAGAGGAAAAUUGACCUGAGCAAGAUUAGUCGGGAUCGGCCUACCCCGGGAAACACCCUGAGCCAAAAGAAAGAUCCCAUGCGCCAGAUGGACCUCAGGAGUCGGGACCUGGAGGAUAGCCCACAGCCCUCUCCAGGUUCUCAUCUAGCCCAGGGCGCAAAGAGUAGAAAGGGAGACUUUGGUGGCGAGUCCAGUCUUCUAAAGCCCAUCCCUAGUUAUACCGCAGCCAGCCGAGAGAGCUCAAGCCUCACCCCAUCAGGCAAAGGUGGGGGGAUCAGCAGCACCCCAAGUAGUGCUGGGGCCACACUCAACACCUCACUAGGUAAGGCAAGCACAAGCUCCAGAGUGUGGCUGGGUAAACCCAUAGUCCGGUCAGGGCUCAGGGCAAGAGCAGGCUUAGAGCCCCGGCAAAUGGAAAGGCCUACACAGCAUCACAACUUCCUCGCAGAUGUGGCUGAUGUGCGGCAGAUCGAGCAAGGACUACUGCAGCUUAUGGAAGAUUUCCAAGCAGGAAAUCUAAGAGCAUUUGGUAAAGAUUCCCGCCUGCGCCAGAUGGAAGCCAUUAGAGAGCAGCAAGAGCGAUUGGCACGACUACAUUUUGAAGUUGGUGCUGAACAGGAUCUCUACCCACCAUUAUCUGAGGAAGGGCUCAGAACAUCGCAUGACAAUAUGCGUACGUUGAUGGAGAAGCUCGCCCAGCUGUCAGAGUCCAUUGAGAGACUUCACACCAACACAAGUAGUGAUAGAAAAACCAGUAGCAGCGAGCGCAAAGCAGGGGUCCACCAAAUGGGUGGAGGCCAGAUGAAUAACCGUACUAAUGAGCAUGCAAACCACACCAACUUUCAUUCUGGAGGAACAGCAGCUCAUCAGACAUAUGAGAAUCAGCAUAGACCCAACAAUCCCACAGGUACUCCCAGCCGUAACUCUGGUGGGAAUCCCAUGCCACACAGCUUUAGCACGAAUGUCACCAACUCUUCAAUCCACCAAUCAAGUCCGGGAAAUCCACGACCCUUGUCAGGGCAACAUCGCAGUAGAAACACACCUGUACAUCACACAGGGCUUGUUAAAAAUGGAACGGUGCUAGAGUCAUCAUGAUAGCAGUGUUCUGUACAUAUUGAAUUUAUGUAUAGCUCCUACAUGGUAUUUUUGGUACAAUAAAGUAAUUUUGAUAAUGUGUUCAUUCACCUCACUCUCAAAUUUGUGUUUUGUGGGAUUUCCCUAAUGCAACUGUAGCCAAAGUGCCCUGUAUUUAGUGAGGCAUCUACGCAAGUUUAGUGUAUGUAACUCAACUUGUAAUCUGAUGUUGCAUUCUUUAUUUACUGACCUUUGUCAUGAGAUGUAAAUGUUUUGUGUGUUUGUUUUGUGUAUCUGUCCUUUCUCUUAAUAUAAUUUUUAUUUAAUAUAAUUACAUAUACAGAUUAGCCUAGAGGAUUUAUGUAAAUAAU